AUGUCUUCCCAAAAACCGCUUGUUCUUUUCUUCAAUGCUGUCAGGCAUGCCCAUUCUUCAUUUCAGCAGCUGCAACAGAUGGCCCGCACGGAGAUCGUCACAAGCAAGAACAGGGAAACAUUCUUCCAGGACAUUCAGGGCAAGUACAAAGAUGCCUUUGCCAUCUAUAGAACAUCCGCCAGUGGGGCAGUGGCUGGUAAGUUCGAUGCUGAGUUCAUCGAUCAUCGGCCAGAGAGCUGCAAGUUCAUCUGUCACAAUGGCGCCGGGUACGAUCCAAUCGACACAAACGCCUGUGCCAGGAGGGGCAUCAUAGUCACCAAUGCUCCCAGCCCCGUUACCGAUGCCACCGCUGAUUUGGCGGUCUUUCUCCUCCUGGGAGCCCUGCGUCAGGUCAACCCGGCUAUGGUCACCCUUCGAUCGGGGAAAUUCAAAACAGGCGUAGACUUCGGUCAUGAUCCUCAAGGAAAGACGCUGGGAAUCCUCGGUAUGGGUCGCAUUGGACGCGCGAUCGAAAGCCGUGUUCGUCCAUUUGGCAUCAACACGAUCUACCACAGCCGGAAUCCUCUUCCGGACGAAGAAGCUGCCGGGGCUGAAUACGUUUCUUUUGAUGAUUUACUGUCGAAGAGCGACAUUAUCAGCCUUAAUUUACCACUCAACCCCAAGACGAGGCAUUUGAUUGGAGCGGCAGAGAUCGCGAAAAUGAAACCUGGAGUUGUUAUCGUUAACACGGCGCGAGGUGCGGUAAUCGACGAGGCUGCCAUGGCCGAUGCAUUGGAGGAUGGGCACAUUGCUGCCGUGGGCUUAGAUAUUUUCGAAGAAGAGCCCAAAAUCAACGAUAAACUACUAAAACAGCACCGGGCGUUCAUGGUGCCGCAUAUUGGUACCCAUACAUUUGAAACUUUGGCCAAGAUGGAGACUUGGGCUAUGGAUAAUGUGCGAUGUGCCAUUUUGGGAGAGGAACUGCUGUCUCCUGUUGCAGAGCACCAACAUUUGGCGCAAAAGAGACAUUGA